GCAGCUCAUUUUGGCACGCUAAAGAUCGCUGCUCUAAUUCGCCUUUUGCAGUAGAUAAACAGCAUCAAAGUUCUAUGUGGGUCUUUCAAACAGCGCCUAAGCAGCUUCCUUAUGCCACGAUGCAUGGGAUUAUUUUUCUUUGUGUUUUAUUUUCAAGCAAGCGUCAUCGAUGAAAUAAACAACAAGAUUUGUUUCGUUUAAACACAUAUGUAUAUUUUUAAAUCCUUUGUAUUGAUGAUUACACAAAAUUUUACACAAUUUAUUGAUAAUUCACAAUCACUUCACGCAAUAUUCAUUCUUCAAUUAACGAAUCUAACUUGUGCAGCAGCAAUGAGAUUAUUGCCGGCGUCCGUCUUUGACACUUUGACAAGAGCCACCUUGUACCGAUGUCAUGCAUUAAAAAGCUAUAAAGUUCCACCAAGUUCAGUACCCUUUCUUAAGAAGCCUUCAAGUUCCAUCAUGAACCCUACGCAUAGUGCUAAUCAGCCGCAAAGUUCCAAAGAGUACCAUGUGCCUGUUAAAAAGCUCCAUAGUUCCGUAAAGUACCGUCUAUCUCUUAAUCAGCCACAAAGUACGACAUAGGAACGAUUUUUUGUUAAACAGCCCUAAAUCAGCUAUAAAGUACGAGCUGGCUAUUUGGGUGGGUUCGUUCCCGACGAAUCCGCGUAACUCGAAUAUCCGCGAAAUAUUAUUUAAUACUAGGAGUUUUUUUAUUUAAUUUAGUUCUUUUAUACACUUUAUCAUUUAUUUGAUAUGAUUCGUGGAGAAAAUUCUAAUAUUUCUGACUUUUAAGCAGGUUUCAACAUGUUAGCAAAAAUGCCAUUCAUACCGAACUUGAACAAAAUUGUAUUGAUUUGACAUUUAAUCUGUCAAAUUUAGAAAACCGCGUAUCUCCGAAUCCGCGUAAGUCGAGAACCGUGUAACUCGGGAACAGACUGUACAGUACAAUUCCCAUUAAAUACAGGCGGUGUUCGAGAUACACGGUAUCUCUUAUAUGCGGAUUUGGAGAUACGCGGUUUUAUAAAUUUGACAAUUCUUUGAGCAAAUUGCACUGAUUUGACACAUCAAUUGUAAAUUGCCAAAUAAUUUCCGUUUCGAUGGAAUGUUAAAAACUAUUUCAAAAGGUUUAAAACUGUUAUAUUCAGUCAAAAUCAUAUCAAAUAAUUCAUAAAGUGACUAAAACCGCCCCCUACUUGCAAAAUUACACGAAAAUUAUUGAUAUUAUAGCUGGAAAUCACGAGAUUCGACUUACGCGGAAAUUCGAGAUACGCGGUAUUUUGCGGCCGUUUUCGGUCCCCAUUAACCGUGUAUCUCGGGGACCGCCUGUACGCGGUAUUUUGCGGCCGUUUUCGGUCCCCAUUAACCGUGUAUCUUGGGGACCGCCUGUACAGUACAUUUCCCGCUGAAAAUUGAAAUGUCAAAACAGUCAAUUUGCUCAAGGAACUCAAAUGUCAAAUUUUGACAACUGCGUAUCUAGAAUCCGCGUAUCUCAGACUAUCUGUAUGUAUACACCUUGAUCGAGCAUUACAUCAAAUGCAAACGAGAGCCGUAAGCGUUAUGAAUGUGUUGGCAACACUGGAGAAUUUUGCAAUUUGCUACAAGAACGUUUCCGUGAAAACAGUGAGCCAAAGUUGUUUCUGUUACUACAAUUUUGUUUAACUAAAUUUUCUCCAUAGUUCAGCUUAAUUAAUUCACCUGGAUGGAUGCUAAAGAGCUGAAAGAACAGUUGGAGGCGGCGGAGAAAGCUAAACCCUUAAAUUUCCUCACGUCGCACAUAACAUCUAUAAUAGAGCCACUUAACGUGCCUACAUUAACCAUACCGAAUGAUUUGGUUUUGCCGGAUAACAUACCAAUUUACCAUUACGAAAUCGAUUACAACAGUAUUAUGUAUAAUCCAUCCUCCGCAGUCGUCGAUCUUCAUGGAACAAUAAAGAAUGGUGCCAAUUUAUCAGUUCCAGUUAUUCAGUCUUCCGUAGAACUAUGUGUGGACUCCGACCCGCUGGAAAAAUUUGCUGGAAUCAAGAUAGGCACACGUCACGUGCCUUAUGUCCAAAACAUUGUACCACUAAUCAAGCCCACCGAGAAUCCAUCAAUCUCAAAAGCUCCCGAUCGUUUAGAAACCUACACCAACUCGGAUAAGAUGUUUGGCUUACGGAAGCUGCCUUCUAUCAACAACAUCAACCCAACAAAUCAAGCUCACCAAAAAAUCAUCAUUGUUAAAGGCUCGAAACCGUUUAGAAUUCUGAAGUCUCCCAAUACCAAAGGAACAAAUUAAGGUUGUUUGAAAACCUACACCAAAUGCGAUAAGGUAUUGGGCUUACAGAAGCUGCUUUCUGUCAACAACAUCAAACCAACAAAUCGAGCCCACCGAAAUUCACCAUUGUUAAAGGCUCCAAAUCGAUUGGAAGUCUGAAGUCCGCCAAUGUCAAAGGAGUAUAUUAUGGGCAUUAAUUAACAAAAUAAAGCUAUACAUAUAGCA